GCGACGUUGGCCGACUAAACCACCCCCGCCAUGCACUCUCCCUUUCGUACUGUCACACCAGAACACUCUCCCCAGGCAUCUGCAGGCCGGAUGCGUCCUCCCACGCGCUACCGCUGAAAGCGCAAUCUAAGCUUUCCCUGGCCUUCGAUGACCGCACCUCGCUCUCCCAGUCGCCGUCCAGCCACUCUAGCCACCCGGGCUUCCGCUUCCGCUUCCAACGGCCACCCCUCUCGUCCUCGCCCUGUCUGCUGCCCUUCUGCUGUGAUACCCGUGACUUUCCUUUCGCCUUCGCCUCUUUCUUCCAGUGAUUCGCACCUGCUUACCUGUCGAGCAUGCGUAGUGGCUGGCGCGUUGUAGCGACUCCUGUGUAUUCGCCCAGCGCAUAGCGCUCUCCAGCCGCCCACCAUGACUGCCCGUGGCAUCGGCGUCUUUACCAUCGAGUUUCCCGACCCCGCCAAGAUCAACUACGUGAACAACCAGUUCAACACCCUCAAUGAGACAAUCUCCUUCCAGUACCGCGGCCUCACAAACAUCCAGACCCUCUCUACCAAGGGCGCCGACUCUGGCGCCGACCCCUACGGCAUACUCUACGUCCCUGAAGUCUUCACCGAGAGCUGCAAGAGGAAUGAAACACAACACGUGCCGGCGAACGCAACACGGAUCGCGGAUCUGCCCGCAGACAGAAACUAUGCACUCAUCGCAUUCGCGCCCUGGUACUCGGCCCAGUGUACGAUCGAGUACUUCACCGCGGCGAGGCAACAGUCAACGACGAAGGGCUUCCUUACAUAUCUGCCAGGGGACAGCAACGCACAGCCACCGGUGUUGAACAACCUUGCAUGGGACCUGCAGGAUGGCGGCAUGUGGCAGCAGGACAACACUUUCCCUACCUACGCCUUGUCUUCCACGAGCGGCAACAACGUCAUGGACCAGCUGAAUCUGUAUUCUGGCAACCUCUCGACAGUGCCCAACGGCGACGACCUUGGCAGAAUAUUCAACAGCACGUCCUACGUUCGACUAUGGGCCACCGUCAGUACAGACUCGGACGGUACUCUCCCCAGUCUAUGGGUCUUUCUGGUGAUUGUCCUUGCUGUCCUGAUUGCUGCGAUCGGUACCACUUCGUUGUGCAUGCACAUUCUCCAGCGUCGCCGCCGCAACGCAUUACGCCAACGCGUACUGGACGGAGAAGUUGACCUCGAAGCUCUCGGCGUCAAGCGCCUCACCGUCUCCCAAGCAGUCCUUGACAAACUCCCCAUCAUAACAUACACUGCCGGGCCUUCUGACGCCGAAAAGCCGCCUGAAGCUCCUCCCGCCGCACUCAGCCUCGCCCCAGGUGUCGACGCAGAGACUGGGCCUAAGACAUCGCCUCUCGCCCGCCGUCCUUCCGCUCCCACAGCCUCCACAACGAACAACGUCGCAUUCUCGCAACCCACGUGUCCAAUCUGCAUCGACGAUUUCGAGCCCAACGAGACACAAGUCCGCGAACUACCGUGCCGACACAUGUUCCACCCAGACUGUAUCGACACGUUCCUGCUCCGCAACUCCUCGCUAUGUCCGAUGUGCAAGCGAAGCGUCCUACCGGCUGGCGCAUGCCCAGUGAAGAUCACAAAUAUAAUGGUACGGCGUGAACGACACAUCGCUCGUAUGCGUGCUCGUUCCGCCUGGUCUGCGGCACACGGUGGUGUCGCACCGCCAGUAUCCGUCACCAUGGGCGGCCAAGCUCGCGGCGCAUUCGGCUCGAUAGGGCGAGCAGUGACAGGACGACGGAUAUUCAGUGCACCGGAGCGGCCGCAAAAUCGACCGGCAGAUAUCGAGAUGGGCAGCACAACGACUGCACGGCCUGUAGCACCAUCACCGCAGCCAGUGUCGAGUGUACCUACGGCUCCACACCCGGUAUCGGCAUCGACGAAUCCUCAGGACUGCGAACCGCCACCAACACCCACACAAAACCGCAGAGAAUGGGCGCGGCAAAGGGCGCUGAAUUUGCUAGGCAAUAGGCAUGCGCCAACCGAAGUCGAUGCUCUCGAACAAGAAGAGAACGCGAGGCCAAAGUGGAGACGUGCGCUUAACAAGGUGUUCCCUGGCUUCCGGUGAUCUCACAACCCAAUCGUUUGCGUAGUUGCGUGGGUCGAUCGUACAUACAUACAUACCUUCUUUUGAUACCGUAUCUUAGGGCAAGGACGGAUUUUGGCGCAUUGUCUUUCUGGGAAAGGCAGUUCUGGUAUGUGCAAGGCGUCUGGGUGCCGUUUUUUUUUUUGUUAUGCAUAAUUGGCGAUCUACACAGCCUACAUGUUCAUAGUGUCUGAAAUCGUAAAGUCUAUCACGCUAAG